AUGAUGACUGCGGAGAGUUGUGAUUUUCUGGACUUGCAAACCAACAGUGGAAAGAUGCUGGACUUUAACGUCUCCAAGUCAUUACGCGAAGACAAUGCCACCAACAAUUCCAGUUGUGGAUACGUUUCAGUUGGUUUCCCUAUAUCCAUGAUGAUCACUGGCAUAGUGGGCAACUCAUUAGCUCUUAUUCUGGUAUACAUCUCUUACAAAAAGAAGGAAAAUAAAAGGAAAAAAUCGUUCUUGCUUUGCAUCGGGUCGCUGGCGUUUACUGACCUGUUCGGACAGCUUUUGACAAGUCCCAUUGUGAUAUCAGUUUACCGAGCUGAUCUGAAAUGGGAGCAUAUAGAUUCAUCGGGUAAAUUGUGCGCUUUUUUCGGUGUGUGCAUGACAACGUUUGGCCUGUGCUCUCUCUUCUUGGCCAGUGCCAUGGCACUUGAAAGGGCUAUGGCGAUAACAAAUCCCCACUGGUACUCCAGCCACAUGAAGACAAGUGUGACAAAACAGACUUUGGUUGCCGUAUGGUGUCUUGUUUUGCUCUUUGCGCUGCUGCCCAUUGCCGGGGUCGGGGAAUACACACGCCAGUGGCCGGGCACCUGGUGCUUUAUCAGCACGGGGGACAGGAAAGUCCCAGGCAAUAUGUUUUUUGCUAUUACUUUCGCUGUACUUGGGAUUUUCUCUCUGCUUGUUACGCUUUCCUGCAAUGUUAUGACGAUCCGGGGCUUAAUUAUGCGGUGUAAAACAAAGUCUGGCACGUCUCAGUCUUCAAAGCAGUGGGAACGGCUCACCACGGAGACCGUCAUUCAACUGUUAGGGAUUAUGUGCGUCCUCCUUAUAUGCUGGUCUCCUCUGCUGGUGCUGAUGCUGAGGAUGAUCUCCAAUCAGGUAUCCUCCCACGACUGCAAUUCAACAGCAGUGACCUCCAAUCACACCUCAACCCGGGACGUCCAGUUAGACUGUAACUUUUUUCUAACAGCGAUCCGCUUGGCCUCCCUCAACCAGAUCCUGGACCCAUGGGUCUAUCUGCUCUUUAGGGAGAUCCUCCUCCGCAAGUUCUGCAUCAUGGCGACUGCAGUGUCCAACUGCUCCAUAGAGGAACAGAAUGAGACCCAAGCAGCAUUGGCAGCCCUUAACAAGCAGAACCAAGAUGGCAACAACCUUCAUAAACUACAAUGUAGCUAAGUCAACCUUUGACAGGAAUUUCUAUCUUGUGGCUUUGAGCUUGGGAUAAAUUGGACACGUGAAAAUAGGUAUACGCUUUUGUCAUGGAGGUGUCGUGGGAAAUAUGGAGAAAAUGUUUUUCUCCAAAUGCUACUCAGAAUGUUGUGCUAUUGGACACACAAGUUGUCUCUGUGUUAGCCAUGUCUGCUCUGGGAACAUUUGGUUUGCUUAAAACACAUUCCAUUCAAAGUCACCUAACCAGCAUGUGGAUGCAUGACCGUGUCACUACUCACAUUUGGCUUCAGCUUGGUUGACAGGAACUCCCUCAAUUCCAGUUUAUUUUGUAAGUCAGUUUUGAUAACAUCUCCCAGACCAGAACGGAAGCAUCCUUUCAACAACUUAAAGCCAUAAGCCAGCUAAAAGACAAUUUUAUUAAAUUAAGAAAGAAACUGUAAAUUUGCUUAUGUGAAGUUAUAAAUAGUGUUGCUAUAUUUUACAUGAAAUGUAAUCAUGGCGGUCAUUCAAAAGAAAAAUGCAAAUCCUAAACUGGAGCCAAUUGUUGAUUGUAAAAGUAUUUAUUGGUGUCUGUGGUAACAUGAAGUUAGUAGUUUGUUGGCUAAAUGCUGAUAAUAAUGCUACCUGCUGGGUAUCAGUUGUAGAUUUUAUGAUAUACCGUGCGUGGUGCGCCUUGGCUAGCAGCCAGGACUAUAAAAUGUGAAAUUUUAAGUUUGUUGCCAUUUUCCCUCCUGAAUAUGAAUGCACUUGUGUAUUGUGCAAUUAUUUUUUCAGCAAUUUUCUCUUCAGAAUAACUUUGAGGCCUGUCAUGAAUGAAGUGUGAGGG